AUGUCGUUGCUAAAGCCGAGCAGCUGCGUCCAGGGAUGCCGUUCUCUCAGGAGGCUCUUCAGCUCGACCGUUGUCAGGUCUCAGGAGACUCUUGAGGAGAGACCGUUGGUUCCUCAGAAAGUCAGACCAGCCACUCACACAAUCAGCAGAAGCUUGCCAUACACUCAGAUCAGCAACGCUGAGAUGGAAAGACUAAGGGUGGUACCUGCGUUGAAGACAUUCUUUGGUGGUAACCCUUAUCACGACCUGGUCAUGAGCAGAUUGAACCGUCUUUUGGAAAAGCACCAUAGACUUCCAAGACGAGUUCUCGAUGAAAGAGAAGCCAAGGAGAUCCUGUUCAUUUCUUCCGCUGAGUACAAGUCCAGGGCAAACUCGGGCAGCAGAAUCAGACCAGUCCACUACAAAGAGUUUGUGCAAGCGUUGCAGAAACUCAGAAGCAUAGAACCUGAACUCAUGCCCCAUGACGUGAUUCAGACCUUGGAUGAGUUCACGAAAAAAACCAGUGACGAGAAAAAGGUCGCUCAGCUGUUCGUCAAGACCUUGGACGAAUUUGGUAGAGCCAACACCGUCGGUAAAAGAAAGGACGCUGUGGCCAAUAUCAGCAUGGUCAGAGGUGAGGGUUUGAUCUUGGUCAACGGUAAGAAAAUGACCGAGUACUUCACCAGAACUCUCGAUACAGGCAAGCUUGUGUACCCCUUUCAGGUUGUGGCCCAAGAGUCCGAAUACAACGUUUUCAUAACGUGCAGUGGAGGUGGUGUCAGUGGUCAGGCUGAGGCUUGUAUGUAUGGAAUUGCCAAGGCAUUGGUAGUAUUCAACCCCUUGCUCAAACCACGCUUGAGAAAGGCCGGCUUGAUGACUAGGGACAACAGAAUUGUCGAGAGAAAGAAGCCUGGCAAGCUCAAGGCCAGAAAAUCGCCUACCUGGGUCAAACGUUAA